AUACACCAGCUGCGUCGGGUAUUUAUUUCUGGGUGCUACUUCUAAGAAGGUUAAUAUUCUCAAAGCUCAGUAAUGGCUUGCAGAUUUGACUUCUAUACCCUUUCAAUUCUACGAUGGACUCAUUACUGGACCCCAAUAUGGCAGAGAUCAGAUUACAGCCAUGUCCAUCACAACGAAAAAGAAUCCAAAACCGCAUGGCACAGCGGAAAUUUCGCGAAAAGGCUAAAGCCCAGAAACAAUCACAUUCUCCAGACAAUCAAGCCCAUACCGUUGGCAAUGGAAAAAGCCACGAUGCACCGCCCAAUCUGCCUUCACGGAUAAUGGACCCUGAGCCCCACGAUAACGGGUAUGCAUACUUGACAUCGGGAACCCAUGUUGGACCUUUGCCUGCAUUCACCUGCAGUAUUCCAGGCCUCCUGGCAGACAAUGUACAAGAGUCCAAUCACAAUACAUGGGAAGAUGCUAUUUUCACACUGCCGGAAAGGAUCGAACAAUCACCAUAUGAUUUGCAGACAUCAAGCCUUGAAGAGCAAUUUUUCAAGCCUUGUCCUCCUACCAGAGCCGACUACGGUAUCCUUGACCCCAAUUUGGCGUUCUUCGGUAAACCACAAGACCAACAGAAAGGGCAACGUCCAGAGGAGAGGCAUAGAUGCAGAUCUACAAUUGAUACCUGUCAUUGUGAUCGUGGACAUCCUAAUCCACCGAAGCACGCCCACAGAAUCGUUCAGUACCAAAGAGCAAAGUUAUUAUACCAGACCGAACAGCUUCUCGAGAAAGUUGAAUCUCUAUACGAUGUUGGCAUAUCGCUUGGUGUUUUGGUAGACAAUAACCACCUUCGGGAUCUUAUCAGGAGAGCGAUAGAAGGAUUUCGUUCCCAGCGGGGUUUGGAAACGUACAAUCGUGCUGAGGAACACCUUGGGGUGCAAUAGAUUAGGGGCUUAUACAGUAUACGGAUGUUUUCGAUGAUAGUUUUCUGGAUUUUUUCAAUCGCACUACUUAGGGGAAAUGUUUCUCCUGCUUGGUUCUUGACUUCUCAGAUACACUAUUCCGAAUCUUCGUAAAAGAAGCCAAUGGGGCUUGGAGCAAGAGGUUGGCACUUUCUAAGCUACCUGAAUUAUCCUACUUUCUCUGGUGACAUCUCAAAUAUGC